AUGCACCCCUGCGUUAACUUUAUUUUCCCCGGAUUAUACACCAAACCGACGUACACCUACUCCGGCCUCAGUUUCGACGAACUUCCAGCCGCUGCGCGGGAGUUUCUCGUCGAACUCGAACUCACUCCACCGAACUACGGCGCAUGCGACAAACAGAAAUUUUACGAUCUACACCUUGCCCACAUGGAAAAAUUAUGGUCGACAAUACAUAGCGUCUACACCAAGAUCGUCACCUUGCGCCAGGCUGUAGCAGGCAUGACGGAAGACGAUUUAGAUCAUGUCGAUGUUAUCGUUCAUAAUCUCAAGGAGGUUCUCAUCCCCGAAUGGCAUGCGCAUCUCGACCGGUUCUUCGCAGAGUUCGAUGCUUUAAUUUGGGUUGAGGAGCAUAAAUUGGGGAUGGAGGAUGGAGCGAGGGACUCAGCCGUCGACCAAAUUAUGGUUUCAGUCAUCAAAAGAUUUGAUGACUACUACGAGGCUCUUACAGAGGCGCAGGCGAAGCGAGAGGCUGCACAGGAGACUAAUCUGCCGAUAUUGGUCUGCUUGCCCGAGCAACAACCAUCGCAUGCAGCGACGAAGUACCAUACUUGGCCGAGAGAAAGGAUGACGACGUGGAAUGGAAAUUGA